AUGCCUGCAUACUCAGAAAGCUCUGGUCGUCACGUCGACGCUCGCUCCACUCUUUACUCCAGUGGAACCAACCUUGGUCUCAUCCCACCUGCGACCUCAAGUCGCGAAAUGCUCCUGGAAAGGCCAGACGUUAGUGUGGUAUGGCCCCUGGAUCAGUUCAUGGACCAGCUCAAACUGCGCGAUGAGGCCGGUUUCUCUGCGACGUUUAGUGAAGCUCGCGUCAACCACAUAUUCUCGAUGUUCAACUCGAUAUUCGUGGACGGGACUGGCAAGCCGAAGGAACAUGUGGUGGAGAAGGAUGAGAAAAUCGACCAAGCCCAAGCCCAGGACUACGCGCCUCAUGGCAACCUCUGUCCUGAAUUCUUUCUUGGACUCUCCGAACACAGAGCCGACGAGGGAGACCCGUCUGGGUUGAAGUGCGACGGCUACUUUGCCAAGCGGGAAGACAAGAACAGCAUCGUCACUGGGGUCCCCAAUUGGCCCUAUCAGUGGUUCACAGUCGAGUUCAAGAGCCGAAGCAACUCCAACGACCCCUUCCAGGACGACUCAGAGCAGCCUGAAGCUAGCGCCACCUCACGUCGGCUUGUCCGGGGUCAGCUGUUCUCCUACACCCAUCUCGUCUUCCACAACCAGCACCGCCGCUUUCUGUACAUGCUCCUCGUCAUGGGCUCUCAGUUUCGCGCACUCCACUGGGAUCCUUCAGGAAUCAUCGCCAGUAGUCUCACCAACUACGCCGACACUGUCGAUGGGACGAGGACGCUACUCAAAGUACUCUAUGGCCUCUCCAUGAUGAGCGACACCGCGGCUGAUUUCGAUCCUACGGCGAUUCGACUUAGUCCGACGUCGCUUGGGUGGAAGCGUAUGGAUUUUCUAGGCCUUCCCAAGUCUCACGACGUCGUUGCCACCGAGGAGGUCUCCCCAUCUCCUGAUCCUAUGAGGGAUCGCUUUCCUGAGCAUCUCUAUCACCCUCUUUCCGCCUUGGCACCCGACUGCGAACCUUUCGCCCCCGGCGACACUUUUGGCGACCCCACAGCAGCGGCUCCGUGCGAGAACAUGGACCCAUCAUGGGGUGACUGCAAGGGCCCCUCCACAUUCACCUAUAUCCGCUCCAUGUUCGAACAGUCCUGCCAGAGCGACCGUCUGCCCCGAUAUGCUAUCACAGUACAGAACAAGUUCUACCUGGGCUCCGGUUCCGAGAUUGAAUUCCUCCACAAAUUCAGCAAGACCAAGGGGAUCCAUAACGUUCCUACCCUAGUUGCGCCCAGGAGUAUCCCGGACAAGCCUCAACAGGAUGAAGGCCAACUCAGCAUGGACGUCCCUCAUACUUUUCAGGUGGAGCCCUCGAACCAAACUGGUGCAGGCUCGCGGCACAUGAAACACUGUCGCUCUGUGGUUGUGGAGGUGUGCCAGGCACUGCCGACAUUCAGUUCAUCGCAGCAUCUGGUUGAUUUGGUGCACUGUGCAUACCGUGCUCAAUGGGUCUGUGUUCUGACAGCGCAUAAAGACGCGGCUGAAAAAUGUGACACCCUCCACCGUGACAUCAGCUCAGGCAACAUCCUCAUCUGGCCCACAGGUACAUGGGCCUACGCGUCCUUAUUCCUCCAAAAGCAUCUCACGAGGGUCACAAACAUCGGCGACGACUCUGAGUCCUUCUUGCACGUCCUAAUUCACCAGAGUGUACGCUUCGUGAAGCACAACUGGUCGGAGGAUGACGUCCGCGAAUUUUGCUUCCGGUACUUCGACUCCUACGCAGGCACCUCAGCCGCCAUCGGCCACAGCUCAUUCAAGGAGGAAUGCAUUCGUGCGAAGGCUCUGGUCCACCCCACUGGCGGGGAUGCACUGCACUUUCUCAUGAAAGACGAAGCUGGCAACCUGGUAUUGCACCCUCUCAACGCCUUGAUCCAUCAGUUGUUCGUGCUCUUCUCUGCCCGCCUCCUAGCACGCGACUUCGAUGAGCAACAGGCUCGGAACAACAAAAUGAUCAAGAUGGCUAGAUUUCAGUCUCGCCAGUCCGCCCUCUAA